AAUGUAGUAAAUUCUCAUUUUUCCUCAGAAUUUAUAAAACGUAGGAUUUGAAGGAACUGGGACCGAUGAUGGGUUUGAUGAGGCUGGCUGGCACACCUCUGCUCUCGAAUGGACCAUUAAAGCCGACAAUGCACCGUACGAUUGUACGAGGAGGUUUGUACAUUGGUCUUCGAGCUUGCGUUUUGGAGCAUUCACAUUCAGAGCGAGCAGCACCGGCUUUCGCAACAUGGGCUCCUAAUUCGGUCGCCCGUGUCGCCAUACCCCUGCGACAUCAGGAACUAGAGCUUACUCCAACACUUCGGACAAUCUUCACAGAAACCAAAACAACCAUGGCCUUUUCAAAGGCGAUCAGAAGAGUCUCACUCAAAAGACUAGCUCUAGUUGUAAUUCAGCUAGGCUUGGUCUUGUCUGUUACUUUGAUGGGACUCUUCAUGUGUAGUUCAAGUGCCAAGCAUUCGUUUUCUCUGCCAUCGUGGAAGGAUACCACAUACGACGUUACUAUGAGCGAACGCUACUCUAUUUGGAAUCUGGUGUGGCAUCGAGUUAGUUAUGGGCUUGAUGACCAUCCUCAGCCUAUGAAUUCUGAAACUAGAUUUGAUAACGCCAUCAACCUCUUACAACAAAUCCAACACGCUGCCGACACCAACCUCCCAAAAGACAUUGAAGAGCAGUCCAAACGUGCGUUGCAAGCACAAAAUGAGAUUAUACCAUCUCUACCGACAUUGUUUGGAACAUUACGUACAGAUCUGUUAGCAUCACUAGCGUUACUCCCCCUACCGAAAAUACCACUUCCCACACGAUGCACGAAUGUAUACCCACUGCCACACCAAUUAGAGAGAUACGUGCCACUAGUGAAAUACCAUCCACGUAUAUACCUAGCCCUAGAUGUAAAAGAUCACGCAGACGGACUCUCAAACGUCCUUGCACAACUGAUUCGUCUGUCACGACUCUUAACUCCUGAAGGUCUCGAAAGUGAAGAAUCACGUAAAUCCUCACAUGCAUUCUCAUCUCCAUUUAACCCCCCAUCAUCGUCCAUCUUCAACUCACAUAAUCUCGACGUCUCAAACCUGUUUAUAUCGCUCUACGAAUCAGACUCGAAGGACGGAACUGCGAGAAUCGCUACGACGUGGUCGACUGCAUUGUCAAUAUUGGGGAUACCGUGUCGUGUGGUGGUGAAUGGGGUUGCGAGAAGUAGUAUACCGAAUCGGAUUGAGUUUUUGGCUAAUGUGAGGAAUCGGGCGUUGGAUCCGUUGGUUGACAUGUGGAGGGAUGGGAGUGUGUAUGAUCGGGUUGUCUUUUUGAAUGAUGUGCAGUUUUGUGCUGAGGAUAUUCUAGAGCUGAUAUUCCAGUCCAUGCUGCAAGACUCUUCCAUCACAUGUGGUCUCGAUUAUGACUUGGUGCAUUCACCAUCUGAACCAGGAUUCUACGAUGUCUGGGUCGCUCGAGACAUUGACGGGCAAGAGUUCAACAAACAUCCAUGGGAUUUCUUCACUCCUACUGCCGAAUCAUCAGCCAGACUAGCACAGGGCUUACCAUUUCAAGCGCAAUGCUGUUUUAAUGGAGUUGCUGUGUACGCUGCUAAACCGUUGGCGACACGACAAGUACAGUUUAGGAGGUCUGUGCAGGGGUCUGAAUGUGCUGCGUCAGAGUGUAGUUUGAUUUGUAAUGAUUUGGCAAAGGAGGGGUAUGGGCGUGUUUUGGUCGUACCACGAGUGAGAUUCGCAUACGACACUCACACAUACGACAUCUUGUGGAAUGUAACUACCACACGUUGGAAUGCAGCAUCUCAAAACGCAUCAUGGUCUGAGUUUGUCGACUUUGAACAUGAACGCAUACAAACUUGGACGGAUGGUCCACCUGCUGUACUGUGUAAAGGGUUGGAAGGAAAUGGUCAUCAUCCAGAUAAGGCUGCCAUAUGGCAAAAUGUUGAAUAUGGAGCUAGUGUAUAUGAGGAGAAAAAGUGGAUGAGCUGGUGGGCUUCGUUGUUUGAGAGACCUAUUCAGAGAUGA